ACACGGGCAGGCAAAGCUUGUUGCGGGGGAAAGGGGGGAGGGGAAGGGGCGAACUAAACAGGGCGUAUCUUAGCUACGUUCGUAUGCCAUUGCAGUGACCAGAAAGGUAUUUGCAUAGACAUGGCAGUGGUUUCUUCAAGACUUGUCUUCCUGUCUGCCAUAUGCAUUCUCAUUGCUCCAGCCUUUGUUCGGCCACAGCAAAAUCCUAAUAUCUAUCUUAACCAUAACUGCUCAGAUCAGCAGGGUAGCUAUACCAGCGGCAGUACCUACAAGGCAAACCUCGAUCACCUCUUCUCCAACAGCAUUGACAUUGACUACGGGUUCUAUAAUUCGUCUUAUGGGGAAAGCCCUGACAAAGUAUAUGGAAUUGGACUUUGCAGAGGAGAUUUGAAGCCUGAUGAAUGCCGUAAUUGCCUCAAUAUCUCUAAAGAUAAUCUCACACUAGAGCGUUGUCCCAAUCAGAAGGAAGCAAUAGUUUGGUUUAAUGAGUGCAUGUUGCGCUACUCAAGCCGCAACAUAUUUAGCACCAUGGAUGAUACUACUGAAUAUCCUUGGAUGAGCCAGCUCUAUAACGUAUCAGACUAUUCAAACGAUGAGAAGGAUGAGUUCAAAAAGGACCUCUCGAACUUGUUGCAAAACCUAAGUGGUCGAGCUGCAGCAGGUGGUUCUCUCCGUAAGUUUGCAGUAGGAAAUGCAUCAGCCCCAAGAUCCCAAACAAUAUAUGGACUGGUUCAGUGCACACCUGAUUUGUCUGAGCAAGAUUGCAGUCGAUGCUUGAGUGGGGCUAUUAAUAAUUUCUUGAAGGCUUAUGCUGACAGACUAGGUGGGAGAAUUCUUAGACCCAGCUGUAAUUUUAGGUAUGAGAACUCCAGCUUCUUUGACCCCACAGCUUAUGCGCCACCAUCACCGCCACCGGCUGCUGAAGUAAGCAAUGCACACAAGGUCGUAAAUCAGAUUCUCUUUGGGCUUGCAUUGAUGAUUAUGGGGCAUGGAUUAUAGGUUUCAAAUAUUUUGGAUUUUAAUUAUGUAUUUGGAUUUGAAUUCUGUAAUAGGUAUGCAUUUGAAUUUUGUAUUAUGUAAGCUAGUAGACUGUUGUUGUGAAAAAUUUGAAUUUGGAUUUGGAUUUGGAUUUGGAUUU